AUGCCCACUCCUACCUGCGUAAAGGAUGUGGAGAGAUUUCUGGGUUUAGUUACGUACGUUGGUAAUUUUAUACCCAACUUAUCAGACAAAACGUGUGUUUUGAGAGAAUUACUUAAAAAAGACAUAGAAUGGCACUGGACAAACAAACAUAAUCAAUGUUUUAACGAAAUAAAAUGUCUUCUUGUGAAUCCACCGGUCUUGCAAUUUUAUGAUCCACGGAAACCGGUUGUAAUAUCCGUGGAUGCGAGUAAAAACGGUCUGGGGGCUUGUUUAUUGCAAACUAAUUUGCCUGUAUGUUAUGCAUCCAAGGCACUAACUAAAACCGAACAGUCAUAUGCACAGAUAGAAAAGGAGCUGUAUGCCUGUGUCUUUGCUUGUGAAAGGUUUUAUACAUACAUCUACGGACGAACAGAAAUAACUAUAGAAACCGAUCAUAAACCUUUAGUAAAUAUUAUAAAUAAGCCUUUAGCAAAUGCACCUGCGCGCCUACAAAGAAUGCUAAUGAGAUUACAACCGUAUACGUUUACAUUAGUAUAUAAGCCCGGCCGAUAUUUAUACAUAGCCGAUACAUUAUCGCGUGCGGUUGCACCGAGCGCGGAGCCAGUCGAUUCAGUUCACUCACGUAAUCACUACGACGCGCAGGCGCAAGUAUGUUCGAUCAGUGCUAGUAAUGUAUUGACGGACACGCAUUUUGUAGAAAUUCAAAAAAGCACUUUAGAAGACGAAGACAUGCAAUUAUUAAUCAAAACCAUAAAACGGGGUUGGCCAGUUGAUAAGAGUACUCUAGAUAAUAAAUUAAAACCCUUCUGGGAAUGCAAGGAGGAGUUAGUUGUAAAUUUUGGCAUAGUAUGGAGAGGCUGUAGGGUUGUCAUUCCUAAAUCAAUGCGUUAUAAAAUGUUAAAAAAUAUACAUAGUAGUCAUUUAGGUAUUGAGAAAUGUAAGCUUCGAGCUCGUCAAAUUAUGUAUUGGCCUAAUAUGAACACGCAAUUAAUAGAUUACUUAUCGAAGUGUCAGGCAUGCUUGAACUAUAGAAAACAAAAUAUAAAAGAACCCUUAAUUCCGCAUGAAAUACCUGAUAGACCGUGGUGCAAAGUCGGUAUAGAUAUCUUUCAUUUAGGUUCCAAAUCGUAUUUAAUAGCGGUGGAUUAUCACAGUAAAUUCAUUGAAUUGGCACAAUUAAAUUCAAGUACCUCUGAAAAUGUUAUAAAUAAAUUAAAAACAAUAUUCGGUAGACAAGGUAUUCCAGAGACGGUUAUGUCAGAUAAUGGCCCCGAGUUCUCAUCUUUAGCAUUUUCUGAUUUUGCAAGAAACUGGAAAUUUCGUCACGUCACGUCAUCGCCUAGAUACCCACAGUCCAAUGGUCAGGUCGAGCGGUCCAUUCAAACUAUAAAACAAAUAAUUAGAAAAACUGCGUAUGAUCAAUCGGAUUUUAACUUGGCGUUAUUAGAGUAUUUAAAUACACCAAUUAGCAAAGAACUACCAUCACCCGCAGAGUUACUAUAUAGUAGAAAGCUACGUAGCAUCGUGCCGUGCAACCCUAUAUUAUUAAAGCCAACAUUACAUAAUAACACGGCACAAAAGAUUAAAAGUCGUCAACAAAUUCAAAAAUAUUAUUAUGAUAGAGGAUCAAAAAACUUAACACCUUUAUGUGUAGGACAGAAAGUAAAAGUUAGAAUAAACAAUACUUGGCAAUCGGGCAUUGUAAAAAACAGGUUUGGAAUGCGAUCAUAUGUUGUGUUAUUGAAUAACGGAACUAGUUUGAGACGCAAUAGAAGACAUUUGAUUGCUGAUUCGAACCGCAAUUGCUUAUCACCACAGAAUGAAUACAGUUUGUUAUAUGACGAUAUAAACUUAGACACAUCUCAAUCCACGUCUGUUGGCUCCGGUGAACUAGUCUUACAAUCAGCUGAUGAUAACUGUUCUAAUGCAUAUCGUACUCGUUUCGGCAGGAUAGUGCGGCCUCCUGAUCGGUGGGGCUACUCAAAAAACCGAAAUUCCAUAGGUGAGUGUAAAUGA